AUGCUUUCUUAUAUAACACCGUCUAUUUCAUUCUUACUUGCCAUCUAUCUAUCUAUCUAUCUAUCUAUCUAUCUAUCUAUCUAUCUAUCAGAUGCAAUCUUCUGGAUGGAAAGUUACGGAUAUUAUUACUUAGUCCACUGCGUAUUUGUCAAUCUUCUUUUUGAAACCUUUGCAAUAUUCUUUUUAAAACGUUCAUUUUUUUUCUACACGAUUUCUUUAACUUCUAUUUUUCUACUUUUCUUUCUGAUAUUUUUCAUUUUCAUCGGCUUCUAUUUUUCUUUUCAUUUUUCUUUCUUAAAUCGUCCCUUUCUUUUCCAUUCCUUUCUUUUAGGCUUUAUUUUUGCCUUUCUUUCUUUGUUUUUUCUUUCUUUUCUUUUCUUUUCUUUUCUUCUUGUACCUGUCUUUCGUUCAUUCGUGUUUUUUUUUAAAAAACAAAAAAAAAACAAAUUGUUUCUUUCUUUGUUUCCUUUUUUUCUUUCUGUCGUUUUGUCUGUGAUUUUCUGUUUUUUUUUCUUUGUUCUUUUUCCUUUUCUUUUCGCAUGUCUAUUUCCUUCAUUUUUCUUGGAUUCUGUUUUGUCAUUGUUUCCUUUUUUUCUUCGUUUCUUACUACUUUCUUUUUUUCAUUUUUCAUUACGUUUCUUUCUUUCUUUCUUUCUUUCUUUCUUUCUAAUUAAUCAUUUCCCCACUCUCCCUCUCUCUCCCUCUCUCUCUCUCUCUCUCUUAUUCUAUUUUCUUCUAUACUUUUUAAUCGACUUCCUUCUUUUCUUUUUCUUUCUUCUUACAUUUUUACCUUCACCCUUUUGUCCUUUUCCCCUACUUGCUACUUCUUUACCUUCCUCUUCACUUAAUCUCCUAUCUUUCAUACAUCGAACCAGUUAUCUCCAUAUCAAGUAG